AUGUAUGCUCUGAUCGUGUUUGUUGUUCUCGGCUUCUUGGAGCAAACUUUUGGUUACAACUUUCCUUACGGAACUCUGAGGUCGAGGAGACACGCGAGGGUGAUGGAGUUGAGGAUGGACAGAAGAGAUGAUGAGAUACAGAGACUCAAGAGAGAGAAUGAAGAACUCAGAAGAAACAUGCAGAAAGGACAGGCUCCUGAUCCACUGGGUGCAAUCCAGGCCAUAUUCAAACCGCUGGCAAACAUCAUCAAGCCACCGAAGAAACAAAACGAGCUUGAGAACAUGAUUGACAAGGCCAUGCAAGAUGCUCCGCUUCCUAUCAAGAUGUUUGGCGGCAUCAUGAAGGGCUUUGCCGGCAUGGCAGGGGAUAUGAUGCAAGCAGUUGCCGACGACGUUGACAGGGUAGUGGAGGUUGCAGAAAGGAGGGUAAGGAUGAAUGCUGGCGCUACGCGCAUUUUAGGAUCGGAAAUAUCCGUCGGCGCCCCUGUCAGUCAAUCUUUCUCUUCCUCCAGCAUCAACGGAGUGUCAACAAAGCAGAUCGCUUUGCGUUUGCCAGUACGAGGAACAUCCAGCUCUGGCACCCUGAUAGUUGAUGGCUCCAUCAACAGCAGUGGAUCAAUUUCUCUCAAGAGAUGUCUUGUACAGACCCCGACUGGAUCGUUGGAUGUUGGCGCUGAUGGAGAUGAUGACGAUCUUGGUGUCAUCGAUGUUGUGGCAAAGUGA